CGGUGCGGAGGGGCCAGCGGCAGCGACUGGGAGCGGUGAGAGGGAGAAGAAAUUACAGCAGAAGCGGGAGCCAGAGCGGAUUGCAGAGCAGCUGUCGGAGGGACGGACGAACUGCCGGCCGUGUUGCCGUGCCGCGGCGGAGAUGUGCGCGGCGGGGAGGAGCUGGGGCCGGCGGCAGCGAGCUCUGCUCUGGGUGAUCCUGCUGAUGGCGUGGGAGGCGGCGUGGGGGCAGCUGCGCUACUCGGUGCCCGAGGAGAUGCCCAAGGGCUCGUUCGUGGGCGACGUGGCCAAGGACCUGGGGCUGCAGCUGCCGGAGAUCCGAGACCGUGGCGUUCAUGUCUUGGACAAAGGUAGGAAGCAGUAUUUCGCUCUGCAUGGGAAGACGGGCCAUUUAGUGACGGCGGAGAGGAUCGACAGAGAGCAGCUGUGCGAGAGUGUUCAGCAAUGCAUGCUGGGCUGUGAGCUGAUAGUGGAGGGACAGAUGGAGGUUUACGGAAUCCAAGUGGAAAUCACGGAUAUAAACGACAACGCACCCAGCUUCCGAGAUACUGAAACAGUGAUGAAAAUUAUCGAAACGGCAGCCCCGGGAUCGCGGUUUCCUCUACCCGACGCUCACGAUCCUGACUCGGGCCGGAAUUCCCUGCAGAGCUACGAGCUGAGCGAUGACGAGCACUUCUCGCUGGCCGUGCAGGCGGGCCCCGGCGGCGAUCAGCGUCCCGAGCUGGUGCUGGCGAAGGCGCUGGACCGGGAGGAGGCGGCGUUUCACGAGCUGGUGCUGAGGGCGAUGGACGGCGGCGAUCCGGCACGGACGGGCACGGCUCGGAUCCGAGUGAAGGUGCUGGACGCGAACGACAACGCGCCCGUGUUCAGCCAGGCGGAGUACACGGUGCGCGUGCCCGAGGACGUGCCCGUGGGCUCCGUCCUCGUCACCGUCACAGCCACCGACGCCGACGAGGGUCUGAACGGGGAAAUUACAUACUCGUUGAAAAAAGUGUCCGACAGGACAUCGGAUAUUUUCCAUCUGGACUCUGAAUGUGGAUCGAUCACUCUAUUGCGAAGCCUGGACUAUGAGGAAGGUGACUCUUAUGAACUGCAGGUGCAGGCACGGGACGGCGGAGGCCUUUCUGACACUGCCAAAGUCACAAUAUUCGUCACAGACAUAAACGAUAACGCACCAGAGAUUUCUGUGCGGUCAGCGCUAAAUGAGAUCUCUGAGGACGCCCCAAUGGGUACAGUGGUCGCCCUGCUCCACGUGCAGGACCGUGACUCUGGACCGAACGGUGCCGUGGGCUGCUCGCUCGACGGAGAUAUCCCAUUCCGCCUGGAGAAGUCUUUUGAUGAUUACUACCGAAUCCUGGUGACAGUGAGCGCGCUGGACCGCGAGCGCACGGCUCGCUACGUGCUCGGUGUCACAGCCGCAGAUGCGGGCUCGCCGCCUCUCACGAGCACGCACACCUUCACCGUGGACAUCUCGGACGUCAAUGACAACGCGCCCGUCUUCAACCAGACCUCCUACACCAUGUACGUGCGGGAGAACAACGCGCCCACGGUGUUUGUGGGAGCCGUGAGCGCUGCAGAUGCUGACGUGGGGCUCAAUGCCAAGGUGACCUACUCGCUGGCCCCGGUGCCGGCGGCAGAGCGGCCCUCGUGCUCCUGCAUCUCGGUGAACUCGGAGAACGGACACGUGUUUGUGCUGCGGCCGCUGGACUACGAGCGCUUGCGGCAGAGCGAGGUGACGGUCAGCGCCUCUGACGCGGGCUCUCCUCCCCUGCGAGCCAACGUCACCGUGCGCCUCGUGGUGCUGGACGAGAACGACAACGCGCCGCUCGUGCUCUACCCGGCCCAGGACGGCAGCGCAGCGUCCAGCGAGCUCGUGCCCGUGUCGGCUGAGCCGGGCUACCUCGUCACCAAAGUGGUGGCCGUCGAUGCCGACUCCGGACAGAACUCCUGGCUCUCGUACCACCUGCUCAGGGCCACCGAGCCCGGCCUGUUCAGCGUGGCUGUGCAGAGCGGCGAGGUGCGUCUCAAGAGGCCGGUGACGGAGAGGGACAGCGCCAAGCACAAGCUCCUCGUCCUGGUCAGGGACAACGGCAAGCCCCCGCUGUCAGCCACCGCGGCUCUGAGCGCGCUCCUGCUCAAGGACUUCUCCGACGUGCGCCUCCCGCACGGCAGCCCGCCCACGGACGAGCAGGGCGACUCCCUGACCACCUAUUUAAUCAUUGCCUUGGUCUUUGUCUCGCUCCUCUUCCUCAUCUCCUCCGCGCUCUUUGUGGCUCGCAAGGUGUGCAAGAGCAAGGAGCUGAAGGCUGCCCAUGUGCUUUCUGGUGCCCACAACUUGCACAGCGGCCUGGCCGAUGCAGCCGCUGCAGGGACCCUGCCCCGCGCCUAUUGCUACGAGAUCAGCCUCACCACGGGCUCGGGCAACAGCGAGUUCCAGUUCCUCAAGCCCAUCCUGCCCAGCCUGCCAGCACAGCACUGCGCCACGGGCCAGGGCCCCCAGGAACAGGAGCAGGAUUUCCCCUGUGUGCCUGUCAGCACAGAGGACAUGGCACCAGACAAUGCUGGGACUCUCUCUGCACGACAGUUCAACGAAUUCCCUGUUGGAAUAAAAGAUGCUGACGUGGGGCUCAAUGCCAAGGUGACCUACUCGCUGGCCCCGGUGCCGGCGGCAGAGCGGCCCUCGUGCUCCUGCAUCUCGGUGAACUCGGAGAACGGACACGUGUUUGUGCUGCGGCCGCUGGACUACGAGCGCUUGCGGCAGAGCGAGGUGACGGUCAGCGCCUCUGACGCGGGCUCUCCUCCCCUGCGAGCCAACGUCACCGUGCGCCUCGUGGUGCUGGACGAGAACGACAACGCGCCGCUCGUGCUCUACCCGGCCCAGGACGGCAGCGCAGCGUCCAGCGAGCUCGUGCCCGUGUCGGCUGAGCCGGGCUACCUCGUCACCAAAGUGGUGGCCGUCGAUGCCGACUCCGGACAGAACUCCUGGCUCUCGUACCACCUGCUCAGGGCCACCGAGCCCGGCCUGUUCAGCGUGGCUGUGCAGAGCGGCGAGGUGCGUCUCAAGAGGCCGGUGACGGAGAGGGACAGCGCCAAGCACAAGCUCCUCGUCCUGGUCAGGGACAACGGCAAGCCCCCGCUGUCAGCCACCGCGGCUCUGAGCGCGCUCCUGCUCAAGGACUUCUCCGACGUGCGCCUCCCGCACGGCAGCCCGCCCACGGACGAGCAGGGCGACUCCCUGACCACCUAUUUAAUCAUUGCCUUGGUCUUUGUCUCGCUCCUCUUCCUCAUCUCCUCCGCGCUCUUUGUGGCUCGCAAGGUGUGCAAGAGCAAGGAGCUGAAGGCUGCCCAUGUGCUUUCUGGUGCCCACAACUUGCACAGCGGCCUGGCCGAUGCAGCCGCUGCAGGGACCCUGCCCCGCGCCUAUUGCUACGAGAUCAGCCUCACCACGGGCUCGGGCAACAGCGAGUUCCAGUUCCUCAAGCCCAUCCUGCCCAGCCUGCCAGCACAGCACUGCGCCACGGGCCAGGGCCCCCAGGAACAGGAGCAGGAUUUCUCCUGUGUGCCUGUCAGCACAGAGGACGUGGCACCAGACAAUGCUGGGACUCUCUCUGCACGACAGUUCAACGCUCUUUCCUUGAACUAGCCCAGGGUCUGCACAGCCAGGGGCUUCGUGGCU